AUGUGUAUUCUCCUGCCGUGCGCGGAUCCCGCCGCGCCUGGCGUGUGGUGGCGCGACGACGCGCAGUGGCGCCGCUACCCGCCGCACCUCGAGAACGCCGUCCGCGACGCCAUCGCGAGGCGGCUGCCGUCGGUCGAUCUCGGCACCUUCGUGUCCGACGGGUACCCUAACGGCGCGCGCUAUACCGCGGAUCUGCGCGCCAUGAAGCAGCGGAACGCGCAGAGCGGGUACGCGCGCGAGAUCAGGGGCCUUCAGCUGCCAGGGGGAGCACCGAUGCCGACCAUCCACUGGCGAGACAGCCGCAAUAACCUCCGCCAGUACGACGCAGCCACGGCCCGAGCCAUCUUCCGAGCCGGCGCGCAGGGCUACAUGUGCGCGCAAACCGCACCAAUCAUCACUGACGCGUACCCGUUGGGUGUGGUGUAUACCAUCGAUCUGCAGCGCAUGGUGCAGCGGAACCCGUUCACGGGGCGGGAGAGGGAUGUGGUGGUGCAGUUCCCCCACAACACUGGAAGCUUUCUGCUCAGAGGACAAUGUGAUGAAGAUGCUGGCGGGAAUGAUUUUGCCGUACCAGAUCAUUGCGAAGCGACGGAACCCGAACCUGCAGCUGGGGCAGCCGGUGUUUGA